UCGCGCAGCGACAGCUCCCCGUCGCCCCUUCGAACUCCGGCGACAAGCCUUCUCGCCCGCGACGGCUCCCCGGACGCAGCUACCCCAUCCAACCGCGAUGAGCAAGCCAACGGCGGGCCCGACGGUGGCCGCCGCGGCGCAGAAGCAGAUGGCGCUCCUCCAGAAGGCCGAUGCCGACGUCGGCAGCCUCGUCGCCAACUUCUCCGCCCUCAUCAACAUCGCCCGCGUGAACGACCCGGCCGUGCGCAACUCGCAGGAGGCAUUCCAGAUGGACAUGCGCGCCUCCCGCGUGGUACAUUCAGCAGACUCUCUGUUGAAACUAGUGUCGCAACUUAAGAGGACAGCCAUCCUUUCUGGGCUUGCUUCUUCGAGUGAGACUGUUGUUAGGAAGAUUGAGGUGUUCAGUCAGCAUGCAGAGGGGACAGAUAGAAUGCUGCAGAGGAUUGGGCAGGAGGCAGCAACAAGCCUUAAGGAGUUGGAGGCACAUUACUACUCAUCUGUUGUGUAGACUUUGAUCACAGUUGAGGUGAAUAUAUCUUUGUCACUGAAAAAAAUGUGUGUUCUUAGUUGAUACAUGGGAAUAGUAGGAGAAAGCAGGAAUUGUAUAUGCUUGAUACAAUAGUUUAAUUAGGGUACCAUCUAUGUUCUGUAAUAGCAUAUGCAGUGAGUAGUCCAAGAAAAUAUAUGUUCUGUAAUAACAUAUAUG